AAAAACAAUAAAAACCUGCAUUCAUCUUCUUUUCUUCCUGUAAACCCUAGCGAGAAACUCGUAAGUUACCCAUAUUAGUACUAUUACAUUAGUUUGGAUCCCAAGAAUCAAAAAUGUGCGGCGGUGCUAUGAUUUCCGAUUUCAACUCGGAUCCGAGUCAACUCGGCUAUAGUGGCUCUGUCUCGAUCAAGAAGCGUAGACCCGUCUUCUCAGCCUCAGGUGGUGCGCAGAAACAAGGGAUGGAGAAGAAACCAAAACCAAAACCGAAACCAAAGAGAGAGAGGAAGAAUCUGUACAGAGGAAUAAGGCAGAGGCCAUGGGCCAAAUGGGCAGCGGAGAUUCGUGACCCGAGGAAAGGUGUUCGUGUCUGGCUUGGCACUUUCCAAACCGCCGAGGAAGCUGCCCGAGCCUACGACGUUGCAGCCAUUCGUAUACGUGGCCACAAAGCCAAACUUAAUUUCCCAAACAGCAGCGACAGUCAAAAACAGGUUCUGAUAAACUAUAGUGCUUGCGAGUCUCCUAAAGACACCGUAGAGAAACUGUCGGAGGAGCUUAUGGCCUUCGAGGAUUACAUGAGCUUCUAUCAGAUUCCGUAUCUCGACGGCGAAUCCGCCACGGACGAUGCUCCUCCUCAACUAAGCGUCAUUGGCAAUCUCUGGAGCUUCCAAGACUCCUAAACUAUCUGCACUUCUAAUACUAUUUCUUCUUUUCUUUUCCCAUUGUUGUUUACCAAUUUAAGUGUAAUAAAUUAACAAUUAUGUGGAGUAUUUGUUUCGAUCCAAGUUAGAAGCUUCGAUUCUCAAAUUCAACUUUUAAAUCA